AGAACCGGAGCGGAACCGAGCGAUACCCCGCUCACGAUACCUUUAAUAUCGGACCGGUCGAUAUACCUGAUUUAAGAAAAACAUUUCAGUAAACAGUGCCAUCACUCAGCAGUUCCUCAACAGGAAUAUAGUGUGUACAGAAUGAAUCACCUGUCUCUGAGUGAGCUGUGCUGCCUGUUCUGCUGCCCGCCAUGCCCGAGCAGAAUCGCGUCGAAGCUGGCGUUCCUGCCCCCGGAGCCGACAUACACGCUGCUGAGUGACGAGAGCGGUACACGUUGGACUCUGCAUCUGUCCGAGCGUGCCGAUUGGCAGUACUCCGCACGUGAGAAGGACUCCAUCGAGUGCUUUAUGACUCGCACGGUGCGCGGCAACCGCAUCGCCUGCAUGUUCGUCCGCUGCUCGCCGAGCGCCCGUUACACGCUGCUGUUCUCGCACGGUAACGCCGUCGACCUCGGGCAGAUGAGCAGCUUCUACGUGGGGCUCGGCUCGCGCAUCAACUGCAACAUCUUCUCCUACGACUACUCGGGUUACGGCGCCAGCUCGGGAAAACCGUCUGAGAAGAACCUGUAUGCUGACGUGGACGCGGCGUGGCACGCCCUCCGAACCAGGUACGGUAUAAGACCGGAGAACGUGAUCGUAUACGGACAGAGUAUUGGAACAGUGCCGUCUGUGGAUCUGGCUGCUCGUUACGAGAGCGCCGCCGUCAUCCUGCACUCUCCGCUCACCUCAGGCAUGCGGGUGGCCUUCCCCGACACCAAGAAGACCUACUGCUUCGACGCCUUCCCCAACAUCGACAAGAUCUCGAAGGUGACGUCGCCGGUGCUGGUGAUCCACGGCACAGAAGACGAGGUGAUCGACUUCUCGCACGGCCUGGCCCUGUACGAACGCUGCCAGAGGCCAGUGGAGCCGCUGUGGGUGGAAGGUGCCGGGCACAAUGACGUGGAGCUCUAUGGCCAGUACCUCGAGAGACUCAAGCAGUUCGUCAGCCACGAGCUCGUCAAUUUGUAGGACGCUGAUGAACCAACAGACAGAAAAACCACACAGCUGCCGACUGCACCUCGCACCCCGACUACUGGGAACUCCGCGGCAGAGUCUAGCUUUUUUUUUUUCUUCUCACUAAUACACAGAGCCACGGAGUGACCCAGAGACUGCCUUCUCAAGAGAGACCAGAGAGAGCGAGAAAGAGAGAGAGGUGUCAUGGCUGCCCAUCCCACUGAGGUUACGCGUCUGUACAAGAGUUCUAGGUGUGUGUGUGUGUGUGUGUGUGUGUGAGAGAGAGAGCGAGAUUAGUGCAGAUCACCAUAUAUACAGUGAUACAGAACACCAUAUUGUUAUCACAGACUGAUGAUGAUCACUACCUCUGGGUUCCACUUGGGAGGAGGUGCAUUUUUAAGCAUGACACAUGUCCUGAUUUAAAAAUCCCAUUAAUUCCAUUCAGUACACGAUGGGGAGGAAAAAGGUGGACAAAACUGGCACCAACAACUCCAGUUACAAGCUCCAGUCUUUUUUAUUUAUUUCAGUUUUUUUUAGUGUGUGAAACUGUGAUGAAACUUGGUCCUGGUGCUGGAGUACACACUGUCCUGUGCAAUGUAGUGUUCCUCACACACUUCAGCUUAUUAACAGCGCUUCCUGUGUGUGUGUGUGUGUGUGUGUGUGUGUGUGUGUGUGUGUGUGUGUGUGUUGGGAAAACUAAAAAGUCUAGGACCAGGUUUGGAAACCUAUGUUAUAUAAAACAAUGUGAUCUGUCCUCACACCAAAACCCUUAUCCCUAACAUUGCUCUAUUAAUUUCUCUUCCUGUGUGAAACUCACUGUGUACUACAGCUUAUAGUGUGUGUGUGUGCGUGCGCAUGACCGUGUGUGUCUGCAGGAGUAUUGCGCAAACUGGGCGCACUCUCAGGUUGACUCUUUGAAACAUAGAACACCGCACGAUUUGAUCGACAUUUAGAAAUUUGGGUGCAUUGAAUUGUGUAACGUUUCGAAACUGUGAACGCUGCACACAUAGACUGAUUUUCUGGACCUGUGAACACUGCACACUAUGUGUAAUGUUGUAGAACGUAGCAGGGUCGGUGCGAUGUUUUUGGAUCCAUUAAAUGCCGCAUGCUCAGUGUAAUGUUUUUUUUUUGAUUCAUUAAACGCUGCACAAUCCGUGUAAGCUUUGGGAUUAGUGAAUGCUGCACGCACAGUGUAACGUUUUUUUUGGUUCAUUGAACUCUUCACACUCAGUGGAAUGUUUUGAUUAAAUUGAACACUACAGAUUCAGUGUAGCGAUUCGGAUUAGUGAACGCUGCAGAUUCAGUGUAACGAUUCGGAUCAGUGAACGCUGCAGAUUCAGUGUAACGAUUCGGAUUAGUGAACGCUGCAGAUUCAGUGUAGCGAUUCGGAUUAGUGAACGCUGCAGAUUCAGUGUAACGAUUCGGAUUAGUGAACGCUGCAGAUUCAGUGUAGCGAUUCGGAUCAGUGAACGCUGCAGAUUCAGUGUAACGAUUCGGAUCAGUGAACGCUGCAGAUUCAGUGUAACGAUUCGGAUCAGUGAACGCUGCAGAUUCAGUGUAGCGAUUCGGAUCAGUGAACGCUGCAGAUUCAGUGUAGCGAUUCGGAUCAGUGAACGCUGCAGAUUCAGUGUAACGAUUCGGAUCAGUGAACGCUGCAGAUUCAGUGUAACGAUUCGGAUUAGUGAACGCUGCAGAUUCAGUGUAGCAAUUCGGAUCAGUGAACGCUGCAGAUUCAGUGUAGCGAUUCGGAUCAGUGAACGCUGCAGAUUCAGUGUAGCGAUUCGGAUCAGUGAACGCUGCACGCUCUUGUUGACACAGAACAGAAACACUGGUUAGCAUGAACAGUAGAAAAUGUAGAAAGAACAAACUGAAGUCUAUUUAAUCCGAUGAUCACGAGUUAUCGGUGUUUGAGCAUUUUAUAGGGCUUUUUUUUUUUCAAGAUAAAAGGCACUGUCUGAUUAAGACUCCUGAAUCUCCUCAGCCACAUUUGAGUUAUACAGGAAAACUUUUCCUCACCUUUCACCUGUGCUCCAGCUGGACGGUACGGGAUUCCCCGGGAUUCCGAUUAGCUCGUGCCGUGGAGUUUCUGCGGAAGAGUCGCUGUUGAUCACAUUUAAAGAUCUCUAGAUGAAAUAAUGAAUACUCUGAUGACUGUUUGUAAAUAUUUUUGGUUUGUAUGAUUUAUUUUUUUAAGUCUUUAAAAUGGUAACCAUGCAGAUUAUUAAUACUAACAGAACUUGAAAUUAUUAAUAAGAAUAAUAAUAACAUUAUUACAGUGAUCUUGUUAGGAUGGACACACAGUUUUUUGUUUUUUCCUUUUCUUUUUUUUUUUAAAGACACCUUUCUGUUUGGGAAGGAAACCGAUAUCUUGUAUGUGCCGAUGUGUUCAAUAGUUCUAAGAAAGAAAUAAAAAUUAAGAAGAAAAAAAUACUCUGCUGAUGGAACUGAUUUGUUGUUCGACAGAAUGAAUUGCACCUAAAAAGGUUUUUUGUUUACAUUUCACUCUUAAAAAUUAACAACUUAAAAUUAUAACUGGAAAAUAGCAGCAUUUUUUUUCCCAGGAUUUAAUUAUUCAGAAUUUGUUUUUAAUGAUGGGGCAGCAGGGUGGUUUAGUGGUUAGCACUGUUGCCUCACAGCAAGAAGGUCCUGGGUUCGAACAGUGUGGAGUUUGCAUGUUCUCCCCGUGCCUGCGUGGGUUUACUCUGGAUACUCCGGUUUACUCCCACAGUCCAAAAACAUGUACAUUAGGUUGAUUGGUAAUUCUUAAUUGCCUGUGUGUGUGUGUGUGUGUGUGUGUGUGUGUGUGUGUGUGUGUGUGUGUGUGGUCUGUCUAUGUGUGGCCUUGUGAUGGACUGGUGACCUGUCCAGGGUGUAUCCCUGCCUUUCACCCAAUGUGUGCUGGGAUAGGCUCCAGCAGACCCCCGUGACCCUAAUUAUAGAAAAUGGAUGGAUGGGUAUAGAAGAUGGAUGGAUGUUUUUAAUGAUU